AUUUGGAUAGAUUUGUCCAUCCUUCCAUUUUUAACAUCUUCUUUUCCUUUGAAACUAUUUUUGCAUCAGGCAUGAGAUUGCUUCAAGGAAAAGAGGAUAUUUUUGCAGACUGCCGGCAGAAAUUCUGGAACACAUAUAAGACAGGGUUGAUGUACUGGCCUUUUGUACAGCUUUCUAACUUCAGCUUUGUUCCGGUCUACCUGAGGACAGCGUUUACUGGCUUCUGUGGCUUCCUUUGGGCCGUUUUCCUGUGCUUUUCCCAGCAAAGCGGGGAUGGAACAGCGACGUCGGUUUUCAAGCUGUUCCACGAGGAGAAGGCAGCCCCAGGCAAGACAUCUUCAGGGAAAUAAACCGUCAACGGAGCCAUGAUGACCAAGACUUUAGGACCAACCUCAUGUUUAUGACUCUUGCAGUAUUCUGUGGCGCAGUGGUUGGAGUGCAGUAUUGCAAGCUAUUUCUGCCACCAGCUGCCUACAAUUUGGCAGUUCAAAUCCCACCAGGCUCAAGGUUGACUCAGCCUUCCCUCCUUCCGAGGUGGGUAAAAUGAGGACCCAGAUUGUUGGGGGCAAGAGGCUGACUCUGUAAACCGCUUAGGGAGGGCCGUAAAAGCACUAUAAAGCAGUAUAUAAGUGCUAUUGCUAUUCCCACUGUCACGCGAUCCGAAUUUGAGCUCUCAACAACAGGCACAGAUUAACAACAGGUGCAAUGUGCCAGGGUCAUGCCAUCCCAAUUUGCAAAACUUUUCCAGCUGGCCUCCGACAAACAAAAUCAAUGGGUUAAUCUGGACUCACUUAACAGCCUCAUGUUUCACUUAACAACCACGGCCAAGAAAAAGCCCAUAGAAUCGGGGGUGACUCAAUUCACCUCGCUUAGCAAACAACAAUUCUAGUUCAAAUUGUGAUCGUAAGUCGAGCACUACAUGUGUGUACCUUGUAGCUGUAGCUGUUCGUGAUGUAGAUGCUUAUGGAUAAUAUUUUCUGUAUAUACUGGAAGGUAUUUCUUAUGGGGAGAAAAACACACAAAAAGCAAUCUAAACCAGUGGUCGCCAACCAGAGGGCCGGGGACCACUGGUGGCCCGUGAGAAAAUUUUGGUGAUCCUCAGAGAAAU